AUGGACCUCCUAGAACCGGAAAAUCUAGCUUUACUAUUUUCUAAGCUUCCGCCGCACUGUAUCGUUCUCCUAGAGGACGUGGACGCCGCUGGGAUAGGGCAGGAUAAGUCAACCUCUAGAGUCACCCUAUCCGGUCUUCUAAAUGUUCUUAAUGAAGGUCGGGUGCUUGUUAUAACGACUAAUCAUAUCGAACAUCUAGAUGAAGCACUCAUUCGGCCUAGCCGCGUAGAUAAGAAACUUGCCGAUAAGAAGAUUUCUACUCAACUAUUUCAUACGGUCUAUAAGCAGACGGCAGACUAUAAGGAGUCAAAGUAUAAAUUUAGUAAUAAGGCGAUUGAGAGACUUGCUAACAACUUUGCUUCUAAGGUACUAGACCAAAUUUUCAGUCCCGCUAAAGUUUUGUCGUUCCUAUUAGAGCAAAAGAACUCGCCUUUUAGCGUUGUUACUAGUAUUAAAAACUAG